GUAGCCGCCCUCUGCCGCAGUUGCACGCGACCGCGAGUGCACCAGUGCCCCCUCUAAUCAGAUCCGACCUUCAAUCCGAAAGAACGAGACGACUAUAUCCAGGUGGUCUAUUAAAGGAUGUGAAGAGUUUUACUCGAUCGCUGCUCAUGCGUCGCCAGCAUUGGUCAUGGCGUUCACGAGAUAGUGUCAGGUGGUGACUGUGGGAGCGCGUGUAGCGGCGGCAUGCGCGUGCUGGUUGCAGCGCUCGCCGCGCUGCUGGCGCGUGCGCUAGCCAGCCCCCACGAGCACCGCGCGAGGCAUCAUGCGCCCGACCACGCUUCGCAUUUCCCCGUCCCUGCGCCGCCCCAACCCUACCGCGGACACGGCGAGGCCGUUAGAUACAACCCCGAGCUUGAUACAAUCCUCCCGCGCCUCGACGAACAUGAAACUUCAUCGAAACGCGCCAAAUUUGAAGACGCUGAAUCUUCUUCUAAACGAGCCAACGAAGAAAGGUUCUAUUCCAAUCAUGAACGGAUUGAAGAACUCAUGGCAGAUGAACCUCAAUUAGGUCCCGAGGCCGAAGAUCCUUUAGUAGUUCGUACGCGAAAGGGUAGAGUUAAGGGUAUUACGCUUACAGCAGCGACUGGGAAGCAGGUCGAUGCAUGGUUCGGCAUUCCGUAUGCUCAAAAACCUCUUGGAGAUCUGAGAUUUAGACAUCCAAGGCCAGUAGAAAACUGGGGUGAAGAAAUUCUUAAUACAACGACACUGCCACACUCGUGCGUCCAAAUCAUAGAUACGGUGUUCGGAGAUUUUCCAGGCGCAAUGAUGUGGAAUCCUAACACUGAUAUGCAGGAAGACUGCCUAUACAUAAAUAUUGUUACACCAAAACCACGUCCAAAGAAUGCAGCGGUCAUGCUAUGGGUAUUUGGUGGCGGAUUUUAUUCGGGAACUGCAACUUUGGACGUAUAUGACCCCAAAAUCCUUGUAUCAGAGGAAAACAUUGUCUAUGUGUCGAUGCAGUAUCGAGUUGCAUCUCUAGGUUUCCUAUUUUUUGAUACCCCAGAUGUCCCUGGAAAUGCUGGAUUAUUUGAUCAGCUAAUGGCUUUACAAUGGGUAAAAGACAAUAUUGGUUAUUUUGGUGGGAAUCCCCAUAACAUAACAUUAUUUGGUGAAUCUGCUGGUGCUGUGUCAGUUUCUUUACAUUUGUUAUCGCCACUUUCGAGAAAUUUAUUCUCUCAAGCUAUUAUGCAAUCCGGAGCAGCUACAGCUCCCUGGGCUAUAAUUACCAGAGAGGAAAGUAUUUUACGUGGCAUGCGUUUGGCUGAAGCUGUUCGUUGCCCGAAUUCAAGGGCAGAUAUGGGACCCAUGAUAGAGUGUCUAAGGAAAAAGAGUGCAGAUGAAUUAGUGAACAAUGAAUGGGGUACACUUGGUAUAUGUGAAUUUCCAUUUGUACCUAUCAUUGAUGGCUCAUUCUUGGAUGAAAUGCCUGGAAAAUCUUUAGCUCAUCAAAACUUUAAGAAGACAAAUAUUCUAAUGGGUUCCAACACGGAAGAGGGUUAUUACUUUAUUCUUUACUAUUUGACGGAAUUAUUCCCGAAGGAGGAGAAUGUUGGAAUAUCGAAGGAACAAUAUCUUCAAGCGGUUAGAGAAUUAAAUCCAUACGUCAAUGACGUAUCGAGACAAGCAAUAGUAUACGAAUAUACCGAUUGGCUAAAUCCGGAUGAUCCGGUGAAAAAUAGAAAUGCUUUAGAUAAAAUGGUAGGCGAUUAUCACUUUACUUGUGGCGUUAAUGAGUUCGCUCAUAGAUACGCAGAAACUGGUAACAACGUGUACACCUAUUACUACAAACAUCGUAGCAAGAAUAAUCCAUGGCCAUCCUGGACUGGUGUUAUGCAUGCGGAUGAGAUUAAUUAUGUAUUCGGUGAACCACUAAAUCCGGGAAAGAAUUAUUCUCCAGAAGAAAUCGAGUUUAGCAGACGUUUAAUGAGAUAUUGGGCUAAUUUUGCUCGAUCUGGGAAUCCGUCAAUGAACGCUGAUGGUGAUAUGACGAAAGUCCACUGGCCAGUCCAUACGGCAUUUGGUAGGGAGUAUCUUUCGCUUGCAGUCAACUCAAGUGCAGUGGGCCAUGGUCUACGAGUUAAGCAAUGCGCCUUCUGGCAAAAGUAUUUGCCUCAAUUGAUGGCUGCUACAAAUAAACCAGAAUCACCAAAAAAUUGUACCAAUGUAGCGAUUUCUUUACGGCCAUCACAAGUGCCGCUUGGCUUAAGUCUUAUUUCUCUGACAAGCUUGAACUUAAUAUUAUUAAAAUAUAAAUGAACGUUCAAUUUAUGUAUGUUAUCGGGAAUCUUUAUUUGUUUUUUUUUAACAAUUUUGUUCGGUUUGCAUUUCUAGAUCCACUGGUUGAUUUUAUGAGUAAAAUUCAGUAGAUAAUUUUUAAUUAGAUGGUCCACUGUAAGUAUGUAUGAGUAGUAGCUAAAAAAAAAAUGGAAAGUAAUUUGAAAAUUAUAUGCAUUAUAAAAGUUUCCUUCUCGAUCUAUCUCUGCUAAUUUGAUGUUUGUGAAGUAAUGUUUAAAAAUGAUGUCUUAUACUUAGGAAAUAACUGAAUAUUUACGAAUGUGUGAUAGCCGCAUGGACGUAAGCGGUGGGCCUAUUACAAGUUUUUGUCCAGUAAAUCAGUGGUGUUAUAUAUUUUAAAUUAUUUUUAUAUGUAUAGUUAUAAAAUAAUUAUGUAUAAUUUAAUUAUAAGCCACCUUAAGUGUUAUAUUGCUCUAUAAGUCCAUUAUGUAUUUGUCAAGCUUUGUUUAAGUUAUCAUUAUCGAUUGUAAGGAUUAUAAUAUUGUUCAUGAAGUUAAUGUUAUUAUCUAUUUUAAAGGGAGUGAUGCCUCCAUCGACAUAUCACUUGUUAAUAAUAAAUUAUAGUUAAUAUUAGAAAUACGUAGUGAUAAUUUCGUAAUAGUUGGUAAGACUUUACAUAUCUUUCAAGAAUAGGCUAAAGGGACUUUAUCAAUAAAAUAAAUAAAAAUGAUAUGAUAUCAACGGCGUCAAGAAAACAAUACUAGGAACAGAAACAAGCGAAACCCAUAACGUCGUCAGGGAAAUUUUUAAUAACAGUAAUGGAAUAAGUAGAAGAUAUACAAGAAAUCUUAGCUUUAAAACGCCUCUAUUGCAAUACAUAUCACGCAAGGCAUAGAAAUGUUUAAGUUCAUUCUAGCCUUAGAGUAAGUUAAGUGUAUGAGCUAGGUCACUUCACAACUCUGUAGCGGACCAAUAUUAGAAAGUUGUACGUAUAGGUUCGAUUUGUGAAUCGGUUCGAAAAAUACAAUGAAAUAAAAGUAACAAUGACAGAUUUCGUUCGAUAUCACUGAAAUACGUGCUAAUAAAAACAAAACAAUGAAAACAAAGCCACGAUUGACUGUUAAACAUGAUACUACUAAAUAUGAAUUAAAUAUUUUCGAUAAAAUAUUAAUUUAUCAAAUGAGUAAACGAAGGACCGCAGAUGUAAUUAAAAUUUUACAUAAUAUAUAAAUAAAUAAUGUGUGGAUUCAAGAACGCGUCUGAAUUUGUCAGAAAUGUUAGUAACAACAAUAUGCUGCGUAUGUUAGACCAUACAUACGUUUUAGUAAAUUAAUGUUUAGGAUCGAUACAUCUAGAUUAGAGAUCGUAGUGUCCAGUUCAGCUUUCGAAUAUUGGUAUUUCAUAGACGAAUCUUUACGAUCGAAUACAAAGUGUUACAUUUAAAGUCUUUGCGAGACGUAUUUAGUUAUAUUAUAGUUAAUCAAUUAUUAUUUCUUUCGUGUAAAUAUUGUAUGAGUGUUAGUAUAUGAAGUAGGUAUCGUUGUUGUCUGGGUCUUAGUUGUUUUAUCUUUUUAAUUCGAAGGCAAAUCUUCUUUGCCUAUGUGUCAAAUGUAAUCUGUUGUGGAAGACGAUACUUUACGAGAAGUAGUGAAGAUACUAAUAUAUAAUUUUAAUAGAUCUACAAUGUCGGGCUUUUGUUGAUUUUAAUUUAGAUUAGGUGUAAAUUAUACAAUUUUGUGUAUAAGGUCAAUACAGCUGAUAUCUGUACCGAAUAAUUUCGAUAUGACUUUUCGAAGUAAUUUAUAUGGAUUCGGACGGAUUCAGUGGCUUUGUGGGUAGCUUAUACGAUUGAUAAUAAUCGGCUGAUGUUAGUAAUUGUAAUCUAGAGUCAAUAUUCAUGUUAUUUCACGUUCGGUGUUUCGAAAACUACGCUUAUUUUAACCUGCGUAUUUAAACCUAUAGAGUGCCUCUUAUUCACUUUUAUAUAUAUUGAUAUAACACUUAGGCAAUACCAGUAGUUGUAGUGUUACUUCUUUGCACUUUUAACUUUUUGUGUUAUUUUUUUUUUAAAUAUGAAUUGAGUAGAAGGAAGGCCAAGGUAUGAUGAGCAGUGCCAAAAAUGAACAGAAACAUUGUAUUGCACAAUAUUGCUUAUACGAUUACAGUAAACAUCAACAGUAAAAUUGAAGAUGCUUUUCAAAAUAAAUAAUUUUGGAAAAAAAUAUCGACAUUUGAAAUUCUGUGAACUUUUUAAAGAAGGUUUUAAUGAAAUCUAAAUUCUGAUUGCAGAGGAUCGAAAAGUGCAAAAUACACUAACAAAUGUAAAUAGCAUAUUGACACUCGAGACACUGUUAAUACUUUUACUAAAUUAAACAUAAAAUUUGUGGAUUAAUCCAGUUUCUAUGCACAGACGUAUUAAUAACUAUUUCGCUUGGCUGUUAAUGUAAAUAAGGCGAUAUGCAUUUGCGCUACUGCUUAUCAUGCUUAGCGAUCAGAUUAACUUGAUUAUUUUAAUCCGACGUAAUUUUAUACACAUCGAUAAUUACUUAUUGUAAAUGAAGAAGAAAACUCAGACAUUAAAUAAUAAUUUGACUCAACAACUGUAACAACAAUUUAUAAGAGGGAGGCUUUUUUAAAUGCAAUAACAAUUUUCGAUUUGUAUGUGAUCGAUAAUCAACAGCAACAUUUUAAAUACAAAUCCGAGCUACCAUUUUGAACGGACAUUAAACUGAGCCCACUUUGCAAAGACUUUCUCAGUUGAUUUUUUUAAAUUGCUCUGUAUUCUGAUAUGAUAAAAGCCCGAAAUCGAUUUGAAAUGCGAUAAGAUCGAUUAAUAAUAUAUUUCUAAAGAUUUGAAAAGUAUCAUCGUUUUAAAUUUUUGAUUAAUGUCAGUAUUAAUGUCUGGUCGCUAGUCAUGGUACGAGAUGGCACAUUGCACUCCCUGUUAUAUUCAAAAAGGCCUAAUAUAGCAAAGCACGAUAUACGAGAGGCCUAAGCGGUAUAUUAUUUUAAUUCAAGUUAUCUUUUCAAAUUCUAAUAGUAAAUUUUCAAGUAAGUUAUUAAUAUUAGUGCUAUGAUUGCAUUAUUGAA